AUCCAGACCAGGGUCAACGUUGAGGAAUGGCGCGGGGUGAAGGCAGGAACCUGGACAGGCAAUGCGCGGUAGCAAUGUGUCCCAGGCCCGAUGGACCCGGAGUGGGGAUGGCUUCUGACAGUUGGGUGCCCUGUCCCUGCAAUUCUUCUAUGUCGUCCUCAUUGCUCCUGUGAUGGCUUGUCCUCUGCGGGUUCCCUUGCAGACUCUCAGGGUGCGGCAUUGUUCUCUCAGAGGCGACUCCACGCGGACGGUCUAUACCUGUUUAGCAGAGAAGAAAUGAUCGUGAACAGCCUCUCAUUGUGCUACCACAAUAAACUCAUCUUAGCCCCUAUGGUUCGGGUGGGGACUCUCCCAAUGCGCCUACUGGCCCUAGAUUAUGGAGCAGACAUUGUUUACUGUGAGGAGCUGGUUGACCUGAAGAUGCUUCAGUGCAAGAGAGUGGUCAAUGAGGUGCUCAAGACAGUAGACUUUGUUGCUCCUGAUGACCGAGUCGUGUUCCGCACAUGUGAAAGAGAACAGAACAGGGUGGUCUUCCAGAUGGGAACUUCAGAUGCAGAGCGAGCCCUUGCUGUGGCCAGGCUUGUAGAAAAUGAUGUAGCUGCUAUUGAUGUCAACAUGGGCUGUCCUAAAGAAUAUUCCACUAAGGGAGGAAUGGGAGCCGCUCUGCUGUCAGACCCUGACAAGAUUGAGAAGAUCCUCAGCACUCUCGUGAAAGGAACACACAGACCUGUGACCUGUAAGAUCCGCAUCCUACCAUCGCUAGAAGAUACCCUGAGCCUUGUGAAGCGGAUAGAAAGGACUGGCAUUGCAGCCAUCGCUGUUCAUGGGAGGAAGCGUGAGGAAAGACCUCAGCACCCUGUCAGCUGUGAAGUCAUCAAAGCCAUUGCUGAAACCCUCUCCAUUCCUGUCAUAGCCAAUGGAGGAUCUCAUGACCACAUCCAGAAGCAUUUGGACAUAGAGGGCUUCCGACAAGCCACAGCUGCCUCUUCAGUGAUGGUGGCCCGUGCAGCUAUGUGGAACCCAUCGAUCUUCCUUAAGGAUGGUCUUCGGCCCCUGGAGGAAGUCAUGGAAAAGUACAUCAAAUAUGCUGUGCAGUAUGACAACCACUACACCAACACCAAGUACUGCUUGUGCCAGAUGCUGCGGGAACAACUGGAGUCACCUCAGGGAAGGUUGCUCCACGCUGCCCAGUCUUCCCAGGAGAUUUGCGAGGCCUUUGGCCUUGGUGCCUUUUAUGAGGAAACCAUGCGGGAGCUGGAUGCCCGGCGGGCUGACUUCCUAGCCAAGACUCCGGAGGGGACUGAGGAACCAACUGAAGACACCACCGGCAUCAUUAAGAUGGCUGUCAGGUUUGACAGAAGAGUAUACCCACCCCAAGUUACCCCCAAGAUGUGCCUGCUGGAGUGGUGCCGGAGAGAGAAGUUGGCACAGCCUGUGUAUGAAACGGUUCAACGACCUCUAGAUCGCAUGUUCUGCUCUGUUGUCACUGUUGCGGAGCAAAAGUACCAGUCUACCUUGUGGGACAAGUCCAAGAAAUUGGCAGAACAGACUGCAGCCAUCGUCUGUCUACGAAGCCAGGGCCUCCCUGAGGGUCGGCUGGGUGAGGAGAACCCCUCCUUGAACAAGCGCAAGCGAGAAGCCCCUGACCAAGACCCUGGGGUCCCCAGAGGUCAGGAGCCAGCAGUACCUGGGGAGAUUUGCAAGAAGCCAUUUGUGGCCUUGGAAAAUGGUGAAGAAAGCCUCCUAGAAGGCUGGUGACUAUUGUUCCUGUCCUGGUCCCCACUCCAUGGGCCAGGCCCAGAGGUGGCUAUGGAUGCCAUCAGACAGUUUGCUGGUUCUUGCCUUACUACAGGAUUCAGAGGACCAGGCCCAGGUUAUCAGCCUGGGGCAUGGGCCAAGGAGUACCCAGGAACAGUACCAUCUCCUCUCAUAGGCCUGAACAGCAGGACCGAGUUCCCAGCAACCUGAAUAUUUUCCUUGAAAGUAGGCUUUUCAGGCUGCAUCUCUAACUUGACAUUGUUAUAGUGCAAUAAAGACAACUCAAUCCUCACCUAAGGCUGACUGCUUCAGCCUUGGAUGCAGGUCCUGGCAUAAUCAUUCUAUUCCUACCCUCUGGGUAGAGGUGGAGUUUCCCAAACCCCUGCAUGUAGGGGCUGGGCUGUUAUCUUUCAGAUUCACUAGACUUUGGUGGAAUCUGGAAAGGCCCAAGAAACCCAUUUUACUGAUGGGAAACCUGAGGUGCUAGGCAUCAGUUGACUUUCUUGAUGGGAGGCUCUGUGGAAUCUUAGGGAAAGACUAGGGUACCCCAGUAGAGGACCAGCCUAGUUAAGCAGGGUUGAUUGUGUUUAUGCCUGACAGCUGGCUGGAACUCAGACUUCAUAAACCGGACACAGAGAACUGCUGAGAACAUUGGUUUAGCUGUUGGGCUUCACUGAUCAGUAGUCGCCCUCCUGCUGCCCCCACUCACCAAUCCCAUUUGGGGUGGAGGGAAGUGGCAGAUUCUCUUUAAUUUCCUCUUGACAGUGAGAACCAAAUGGCUACCACUACAUUUCUUGGGCCUCCCCUACUGGGAGGAGCGGUCUGACCAAAGGUCUCUGCCCCACCCCACCCCUGCUUCCUGUGCUGUAAACAGGCAGGUGUCCUCCCCUUUGCCAGGCUAUAUGAGGGGAGAAUUCCUGCUCUGGGCCAAGCCUGUCUUUCCCAAAUCCCUCCACCAGCCCCACCCUCAGCCUCAUGGCUCUGUGGAAGCCUGAUCCAGAGGUCAGGCCUCUGUGCCAGCCAGCAGUCCCUGGCCCUGUGGGCCUCUUGAGAAUUUGGUGGGUGAAGCUUACCCUUAGUCCACUUCUGCCCUUCCCUGCUGCCCACACUUGCUCUUCUCUGUUCAGAUAAGAAUGGUACACUCAGCCGGCCAUGUUGGAGCAUGCCUUUAAUCCCAGCACUUGGGAGGCAGAGGUAGGAGGAAUGCCAUGAGUUCAAGGCCACCCUGAGACUUCUUAGAGACAACAUAGUGAAUUCCAGGUCAGCCUGAGGUAGAGUGAGACCCUACCUCAAAAAACAAAAACAAAUAAACAAACAAACAAAAAGAAUGGUACGCUCCCAGGUGCAUCUCAGAUCACCUUGCCUUUUGACCUUGAGCAACUUACUUUUACCCUUCUCUGCCCCAGAGUGGGAUGAGCUAUCCAUAGUCUUCAUGAGGCUGGCUGGAAGGGAGUAAACAGUGAUGAUGGGUCACUGAAUAGCUAAUGGCAUCACUCCAUGCCCAGGCUGGCUGCUUUAACUGACUUCCUUAUUCAGUGCUCUACAAAGGGCCCUAGAAGACUUGGUCUGGUCUCAGGCACCAAGAUUUAAAAACAGUUUCUCAGUUGAUUUAUUGGUUUGUUUGUACUAAAAACUGUCCCUCACCUUUUCUCAUACCUGAACUGGAAGUGGGCAGACCAAAGCAUCAGAGGAACAUCUCUCUCUACCCCUGCCCAGGCAUGCUGGGAGAAGACUCUGGGGACCAGGGACCAGAUUCUGAGAUCUAUCUCCCAGUGGUUCUGGGCAUUAAUGUCAGACCUCUUCUCACACCAGUGUGGUUUUCCUGGGGAAACCCCUUCCCUGGCAGAGUCAGAUUUGUUUCUGGGGACAGGAAGGAGAGGCAAGAGUAGAGGGGCUGCUGUUAAGAUACAGACUAGAGGUGAGGGGCCUUGAAGGUUCUGGGCAGUGGCUCAUUCUCAGGGGAUUCAGCUAGAGAAGAGAUAGUUAAUGUGUGCCUUGUGGCAGGGGAUAUCUAGCAAAGAUCCUGGCUGAUUGAGUAUAUUGGCCCUCAAAUGAUUUCCCUUUAGCAAGCCUCAGUGGUGUCUGCUCUGGACUCAAAGUGCCCUGCCUAGCAUCUGGGACUGACUGAGAGGCCCAGCCAAGCCUGAAGGCUUUUAAAAAAAAAAAAAUCAUUCUCUCCAUGUCUACUUUAGACUAGGCCACUUAGAGUUUCCAACCCU